GACUCGUAAGUCGCAAACAUCCUUAAAACCCCUCGUCGGGUAUUCCCAAACCCCACCAGUCAAAGCAACCAAGAAGAAAGAAGCACCAACACUAGCAGUAGCAGGGCAAGCAAACACUAGCGUAGAAGGAACUUGCUUGUUCUUCACCCUGUCUCGGGCUCGAACCAUGUGGACGCCGGUGUAUAGGCCGAAGACCGACUUGGAGGGUGGGGGAGAGACACCGCUUUAUCCAACGAUGGUGGAGAGUCCCGAGCUCCGGUGGGCCUUCAUCAGGAAGAUAUACUCCAUCCUCACCCUCCAGCUCCUCCUCACGGUUGCUGUCGCCUCCGUCGUCGUCUUCGUCCAUCCCAUUGCCCGGUUCUUCGUCACCACUGGCGCUGGCCUCGCCCUCUACAUCCUCAUCAUCAUCUUGCCACUCCUCGUGCUGUUGCCAUUGUAUUACUAUCACCAGAAGCACCCGGUGAACUACCUUCUGCUCAGCAUCUUCACGACUUGCCUUGCGUUUGCCGUGGGAUUGACUUGUGCCUUCACCGCCGGUAGAAUCAUAUUGGAAUCUGUUAUCCUGACGGCCGUCGUGGUGGUGAGCCUCACGCUCUACACAUUCUGGGCAGCGAAGAGAGGCCACGAUUUCAGCUUCCUGGGUCCCUUCUUAUUCGGUGCCAUCAUCGUGCUCCUCGUCUUUGCCUUUAUACAGAUUCUUUUCCCUCUGGGCAGGAUCUCACUAAUGAUCUAUGGGGUGCUGGCAUCGAUUAUCUUCUGUGGCUACAUAAUAUAUGACACGGACAAUCUCAUCAAGCGCUUCACAUACGAUGAGUACAUAUGGGCGGCCGUCGCUUUAUACAUUGAUAUUAUCAACCUCUUCCUGGCUGUGCUGACAAUCUUCAGAGUUGCUGAGAGCUGAGAAGAUAUGCAGUCUUGGCAAUGUUUUGCAUAUAUAUGUGAAACUUGCAUAAGAUUAAAUGUCAUACUAAUGACACAAUAGCUAGCGAUUUGAAUUGAAUGGUAUUUCCAUUAAUUGCGCUUGUCAUUGCGGAAAAGUAGCUGGAUGCCGGUGCAUGGUGCAGAUUGGCAAGUUACUGACAGGUAUAUCGGAAUGCAGUUUCUAUGUCCCAAGCAUUGCGAUCGUCUUGCAUCUUACAUGAAGCACUCGCCACUGAUAAAAAGUAUGUCUGAAGGCUUAAUGGCCUGCCUUAUAUAGAUAAUGGAAAAGCAAAAACGAUGAAUUAAUUCGUUUUUUACCACA